UGUGAGGCUGUCUGCAUUAAUGUGAGAUAAGUACUGCACGUACAUUAACAGUUGUUUAUGGUUUCGCUGGCGUUAAGCAGGGGAAACUCCACAUCCCCUUUUUGUGCCUAUCCCUAUAUGUAUACGAGUCUGCGUUUGUUUCCAGCUCUCGCCGGGUUGGGUGCGUUUUACAGAGGGCUUCCUGCUGCAUCCAUCAGCCUGAAUAUGAAACGCGCCGAACUGUCACUGCACAUUACAGGUUUUUAACUGAAGCUGGUGGAAAUAACCCGCUUGACGUCCCUCUCACUCAGGACAGCAAAGGCAGCUCCUCACACACUUGAACCACCGCACAGCAGCAGUUUGAAAAACUUCCAUCAGACUCAUGACUGUUUGAGGGGACGAGGACCCACCGUGGCCCAUGCACUGUACCCGUUUCCCUCCCUGCCCUCCUUAUCCCUCAAGCUGACUCAAAACCCCAGACACCUCCCCCCCCUCCCCCAUCCCCACUCCCACCCCAUCCCGAGCGACUCGCCCCCUCCCGCCAUGACACCCGGCACAGAGACUGUGCACUACAUCCACCUUCACAACUCCAGCCAGUCGGUUCUGGAAGCCCUACGCACUCAGCGGCGCGAGGGCCUCUUCUGCGAUGUGACCGUGCGGAUACAUGAUGCUUCACUACGUGCCCACGCCUGCGUCCUGGCAGCUGGUAGCCCCUUCUUCCAGGACAAGCUGCUGCUGGGUCACUCUGAAAUCUCUGUGCCGCCACUGGUGCCCGCCGAAACCGUGAAGCAGCUUGUGGAUUUCAUGUACAGCGGCUCGCUGGUGGUUUUGCAGUCGCAGGCCCUCUGCAUCCUCACUGCUGCCAGCAUCUUGCAGAUCAAGACGGUCAUUGACGAAUGCACCCAGAUCAUCUCUCAGAGGAAGGCAGCGGCAGGGGCGGCGAGUGCAGCAGCAGCGGCGGCGGCAGCAGCAGCAGCAGGAGGAGGGAUGCUCGGAGGAGUUCUCCCUAAACAAGAAGAGCGUGGUGGGGGGAAAGGGACAGAGAGAGGCGGCAGUGGAAGCUGUUCUGUUAGUGCCGCAAGUGGGGGUGGAGGUUACGCAAACUUCUCUAACUUCAUGGCUGAAUGCGGGGCUAGUAACAUGGGUGGGGGAUUGGGGGGUGCCAGCGUUAGUGUCAGUGAGAGCGGCCCGGGCCCGAUGGAGCAAGCCAACACCGUGAGUCUGAUGGCGCUGGGCGACAUGGGCCCUGGCUCCAUGUGUGGCGGUGACGGACUGGGCUCUGGGGCCGGCGCAAUACUCAUGAAGCAGAACUCCAGCUGUACUCAGGACGUCAGGUACAAGCUCCGAGACCUGUUGGCGCAGACGGCCAACGGAGGCAGCACUAGUAGCACAGGGAACCUCUCGGCAGGCUGCAGCUCCGGUGUGGGCAGUGUGGACAGCAUCGGCAGGGACAGCCUCCGCGGCAACACAACUGACCUCUCUGAUGACCUGGUGGGGAUGGACAGAUACAGCGAGGAGGAAGAAUUGGACGGGAGAGAGCGGGGAAGAGAAGGAGACAGAGACAGGGGGGCGAGCCACAGCCGCAAGCAGAGGCAGCCGCUAAGACUCCAGGUGCUGGGAGGAGAGGGAGUAGUAGUGAAAGAUGAAGGGGUUCAGGACACAGAUGGGACUGUGUAUACCUUGCAGGACGGGAGACGAGAUGGGGAGCAGGAAGCCUCCCAGGAAUCCAUGGCAGGCUUCGGACAGGAUUUCUACGAUGAGCAGGGGGUGUUUUCAGAGAGUUUCUGGCCCCAGAGUGAGCCUCCUCAGGCCAUGGCUUUCAACCCCAGAGGAAGAGUCAACAAGCCUCUGACUCCCCCUCCAACCACACAGUCCAUCAACAACCAGCUUCUUUUCCAGUACCCAGUGAGCCAGUCGCAGCCAGCUCCGUUCUAUGUGGGCGGGCCCAUGGGUGGGAUUGACAGCAUGGCGGGGACGGAGCCCAGUCAGCAGGCUCCACCCCCGGCGCCGAUGACUCCGGCCCCGCCUCCCUCCACCUCCUCCUGCUCUGCAGGCCCCUCCCCUUCCUCCCAGGGAUCUGAGACCUCGUUCGACUGCACGCACUGUGGCAAAUCUUUACGUUCCAGGAAGAACUACAGCAAGCACAUGUUCAUCCACUCUGGUCAGAAACCACAUCAGUGCUCCAUCUGCUGGCGCUCCUUCUCCCUGCGCGACUACCUCCUCAAACACAUGGUGGUGCACACCGGCGUCAGGGCUUUCCAGUGCUCCAUGUGCGGCAAGCGCUUCACCCAGAAAAGCUCGCUCAAUGUGCACAUGCGCACCCACCGUGCCGAGCGCACCUUCCAGUGCAACGUGUGCCACCGGGCCUUCACCCACCGCACCUUGCUGGAGCGCCACGCCCUGCAGCACGCCCACCACGCCCCCCAGGGCCAAGGCCAGGGGCGUGGACCCGACAUGACCUCACCUAACAAGCACAGUCCUCCGGCUCUGGGAGGACCCUCAGGUAUGGCUGGCGCGGCUGGCAUGGUCGGCAGCAUGGCCAACAUGCCCAGCCACGGAGCUUCCUCCACCUAGAGAGAGAGAGGGGGAGAUACGUGGGAGAGAGGGAGGCGCCACUGAUCGGCCCCAGGAUCAUAUACCUCGAACCAGGAUGAGCCCCUAACGGCUCGGAGGGACACUAUUUUCUCAUUUGAAAUGUUUGGGAAACAUUUCAGCAUGUUUUACAUACACACAUACACACAUACACACACACACCUACCUACAAUUACCUCGGUGGUCCAAAGACAGGCAUUAUGCUUCACAUCUUUUAAGCUACAUCAAACGAAGAAACAGUGAAAACGAAAGCUAAGAUAGAUCUGUUUACUUUUUGAAAGCUUACUAAAGUACUUCUAUGUAAAAUUCCUGUACAUCGCUAUAACACUCAGUUUAUUUGUUGCUCAUGUGAUUCUUUGAUGCAGAAAUAAGGCAGAACAUUUAAAAAAAAAAAAAACUUUUAAAGUGAAAGAGCCAUUCAGAGGACGUUAAACUUGGUUGAAUAACAAUGACAAAUCAAUGAUUUUUAUUGGGAUUUUUAUUGAGUGUUUGUGUUUGUCUUUUGGGGCUGGUUAAUAAUAAUAAUAAAUGGGAAGUGUUUGUUGCUUAAAAAAAAACAAUAAAAGCUUUUCUCGCAGCACUAUUAAAAAAACUUUUUAACAUUUUAGUAAAACUAAAUUAAUCAUGAAAAUGUACAAUCACCCCUACAUGUUUUGACAAAGUCAAACGUGUGAUAAUGUUAAUUAUCACAUUAAUAUUUAUUACAAUUUGAUCUCUAUGCACAGUUAAGUUUGCACAUCAUAUUAAUUAGACCUAGACGUUGUUGUCCCCUAAAGUAUUAGGCCUAUGAUUGUUUUGGUUUUUUUUUCACCUGAAAGGUGAUCUUAAAAAGACCUUAUGUGUCGCUUUUUGCUCAUUUUCCUUAAUGUUUGUCAGUCAAAGCAUUAUAUGAUAUUCAGUAGUUGACUUGAGCUUUGUAAGAGCUUUUAAUCAAGACUUAUUUUCAUUUAAGAGUGAAUCCAGCAAAGACAUAGAUUCAGAUACUCUCUGGCUGGACUUCACUAUAAAUAUUGACAUUAAAUGUCCCAUUUAAAUGUGGAAAAACUGCUUAUUUACAGGGAGCAGGCCUGUCAGCGUGUGUUCACUGGCCUCUGAACGUUGCAAAUUAAUUUGCAGACUCAGUAGUUUGUUUCGCCAGCGUUGAGAGUUUUAAGAGAAGCUGGACUGAAACUCCUCCAACUCACUGUUGGUCAUAAGCUAUAUAUAAAUUUUAACGCCAAACCUUUGGUGCUUUUCUGGAAAUAUUUACCUCAUUUGCCAGUUGCCAGCACCAUGCUGUGGCCUGGGUUUGGUAAAUAAGCGGUGUUGAGCUGUUUCAGAGGUUUGAUCUAUCCUCAGCAGUGGAAGUGGUUUUGGUGCAUUUUGUCUGAGGCGGACCCUUGUACAGUACUGUAAUAUGUGUGCUUUGAAGCCAUGUCAGCGCAUUGUAACGUACUGUGUUAUGCCUUUUUUGUUUGUUUUCUUGGGAGGGAAGUUGAUAAUUGUUUUUCUACAUUAAUAUUUCUUUAACAGAGGUUAAAUAUGUCAAAAGAAGAAACAGUCAUUUUAUAAAAGAAAAAAAUCACUUGUCAUCAUAAAAUCACAUCUUUUAUGUAUAAAAAAACUAAAGGCAUGAUUUUAACUUUUUCUGAGAACUUAGAUGUUGUACUCAAUGAAUUAACUGAAUUUUAAAAAUGAGUGAUUUCAAAGAUUUCUUUCUCCAAAUAAAAAGUCUUAUAUGGCUUCAGGCCA